AUGCCGGGGGACGUCCCCAUCGCACCUUGCUAUAGGAACCCCACAGGCAGAACAACGGGUAAAGCCCCCACCCAUCGAUACACACAGGAUGGACUAUAGCAAAUUUGGGACGAAUAUAUUUGGCUCACUCCUACUAGUGGUCACCUCAGUCAAAAGGCCACUCUAUGUUGGGAACAAACCAAUCACACUUGUGAUACUCCGUGUAAUAGCACCCGACCUAUGGGCCAAUUCCCCCUUUAUGUGUGUUCUCAUAUCAUAGCCUUAAAAAAUACUGAUUGGUUUGGGACCGACUGGGACAGACGGCCCAGCACACGUUGGUUAGCCCCUAACGGCACUCAGGGGAUAUGUGGCUCCAACUUAUGGCCUUGGGUGCCGCCUGGAUGGACUGGACGAUGCACCCUAGGCUUCAUCUGGAUGCAAGGAAGAACUCCAUUUACUAUUCACCCUGCUGGCCUACCCACCCUGCAACAGCGCUGGACCCGCUCUGGCUUCCACUGGGAUGAUCCCCUUGCCUCAAUUUUCCUUCCCCAAUUAGGAAUCAAAAGUGUCAUCUGGCACAUGGAAGCCCUAAACAAGUUUACCACGAAGGCAUUGAAUGAUACACAACAUAGCCUUCUGUUGCUGGAUUUAGAAGAAUCCCAAAUGCGUAAGGGGGUUCUGCAAAACCAGAUGGCACUGGGGGGCACUUAUGCCAUUAUAAAAACUAAAUGUUGUCUCUGUAUUCCUGAAUACCAUCAAAAUAUCUCUGGCCUCCUAUCUGAUACGAGGCCAAAUUAAAUCCAAAUCCGACCCCACCCUCAUUGGUUGGACUCCUGGUCAGGUCCAGGCCCCUGGACUACUAUCAAAGCCUUAUUCACUGGGUUGAUCAUACUGCUUGUAUUUCUUAUCAUAAUUUGUUUUCUAUUUCAUUGUUUGUCUUGCGCAUGUCAACAAAAUUUCGCCUCCUGAA